AUGAGGGAAAGAAUAUACCAAGCAUAUGAGCAUUUAGCUCAAACUGAAAUUGCAGCUACAAUUGAUGGCUUAACUCAGUGCUGGAAUAACUUGCCAGAAGAAUUGAAGCAGGGAGAACCUCAUUCAUUGCCAAAUUUCCAUGCAGCUAUGCAAAGAGCCCCUAAAUAUAUACAACUGGGCAAAGAGAAAACCAAUAACUGGGGAAUAAAUGAUGUUGCGAUGGAAGCUCGCCUAUCAUGCCAAUUGCAGGAAGAGAUAUUCGAGGAUAUGACUGAAAGAUCGAACAACAGAGAUGCUGAAGAGCGUAAGGAACGGUCUGUCGUUAUCUGUGAUGAUAACUUUGGGGAUUCCAUAUCGACAAAUCAAAUAUUCAUAUUUUUGUGUACUUUUGGGGUAGAUAUCAGCAGGCAAGGAGAAAUCUUAAAGUCAAGGAGUGGAAGAGAAGCGACUGACGCUUCAAAGAGGGAACUUCUACGAGCAAUAGAUGCGAGACUCAUGGCAUUAGAGCAAGAAUUAAGGAUGGCUUUUACUCGUGCUGCUGCUGGUGGUUUUGAGAUUGAACACAUGGGCAAUCUCAUGAUAUUUGCAGAGAGAUUUGGUGCAACUCGUAUGAGGAAUGCUUGUGCCAAGUUUUUGGCAUUAUGUCAGAAAUGGCAAGAAAUUUACUCCACGGUCAAUGAGUCAAAUGCCAUCUUUCCAAGUUCUGAUGUAUCGAGAAAUAGAUUACAUGGCAACUUCAUACCAUUUCUCUUCCCAAAAAUCAACAAAGAACCUGAUGCUCAAGGGGAAUUUAGAGACAUGGUAGGAAGAGAAGAGGAUUUGGAUUCUGUAGACAGUGGUAUUACAUCCCAAAAAUCUUCAGAUUUGAAUCGAACACAUUUUGCAGAAGCAGCAAAUUACAGGUCAUUGGAAUCUGCUGUUUCAGUUUCAGACAUAAAGCCAAUUAGAAAGUAAUUGGGGACCCACAAUCCUCUUCAUGCUUGCAUCAUUUGCACAUGUUUUACUUCUCCUCAAGUUGCACUUAAAAGAUGUGCAUGUGUAAAUAAGGAAUUUUAUGUAAGAAACUCAUUAGUCAAUAUUAUUCGCAUGUUAAGUUUA